GCAGGCCGGAAAUAGACAGCCAGGACAGUUUCCAUGGGUCAAGUUUGGCUUGACCGAGGCGGAGUACAAGGUCCGCGGCCGCUACGGCAGCUGCUAUUGGUGCAACAGCACCAAGCACAAGACCUCCCKGUGUCAAGAUCAGGGCAAGGAGGAUGUGCGACCCCGCCUCAGCUCGGGAAACUGAGAUCCGCGGAAGGUGAGGCGACUCCACCUUCCACUCCGCCAGAUUCGGCCGCCUUGCUAGCGGCCUCCUGCACAUCUGGGGAGGAUGCGAAUGUCGCAAGUCCUCGGUAUACUUACGAGGAUUAUGCUGUCCACUUGGUUCCACCGCUGGACCAACCGCUCCACGUGCAACAGUCCACCGCAUGCACGGUUUCAUCACCAUCGGCAACCGAUUCGGCAGGUUCGUCGCAACCUAUCGCCGGGGAUUCGACGUCAUGGUCAAGACUUGAUGAGCUCGAUCCGUUGACAUUCACGGACUUCCAGUGGAUGCCCGUUCCCUCGACCGGACGAUUGCCGAAACCGCAUUGCAACGCGCUUAUGACACAAUUGCGGAACUACUUGCACACUGCAGUACCAGCUCCGUUGAUGGACGCCGGAGCAGAGGUUGUCGACCUUCACGCUUUCAUCGCGAAGAUCGACCGCGAGUUCAAGACGCAACGGUACGACGACAUCGACGCACCAUUGCUAUACAUACGCAUUCAGAUCGGAGAGGCGACCUGCAGUGCCUUGAGCGGAGCAUCUCGCAACUACAUCAGCCAGGACUUCAUGGUACGCGCCGGCCUUGGCCCACGUGUCCGGAGGAAGUCCCAGCCUACACAAGUCACUCUGGCAGACGGUCAUACGCAUAAGUCCAUCGACCGAUGCAUUGAAGCCGUCCCAGUGUACUUUGCCCCCCACGCAAGUGAGGCGGUGUCCUUCGACAUUCUGGACACCAAAUUCGACAUGAUCUUGGGCAUGUCAUGGCUGCGAAGCAAGGAUCACCCUGUGAACUUCUUCAACCGCACCGUUCACGUUCGUGACCGAAACGGAGUAUUAGUUCCAUGCACGGUGCCUUUUCCUCAUCCUUCGAUCAACUGCCACGUGGUAUCCGCCGCAAGCAUGCGAGCUUCCAUCAUCAGAGACGACAUCGAGGAGAUGGGGGUGUGUUUUCUCCACGCCCUCCCGCCACAUGACGCUUCAUCGACGGACUCACCUUCAGAUCCACUCAUCACCGAACUUCUCGAUGCCUACAGCGACGUGUUCGAAGACCCGCAUGGAGUAGUACCGGAUCGACCCCUCCGCCACGAGAUCAUCCUCGAGGACGGGGCCGUACCUCCGCGCGGUUGCAUCUACCGAAUGAGCGAGGAAGAGUUAAGUGUGCUUCGGGCACAACUCGACGACCUUCUAGRGAAAGGCUGGAUUCGGCCUAGCUCAUCGCCAUACGGUGCUCCUGUUCUCUUCGUCCGGAAGAAGAACAAGGAUUUGCGGUUGUGCAUCGAUUAUCGCAAGCUCAACGCGCAGACGAUCAGGAACGUCAGCCCUCUCCCACGCAUCGACGACCUUCUCGAGCGAUUGGGCGGCGCCCAAUUCUUCUCUAAGUUGGAUCUCAAGUCAGGGUAACCAACUCGAGAUUCGCAAGGAGGAUCGCUACAAGACCGCGUUCAAGACUCG